AUGGCUAAAUCCCGUGUUCCUGCUCUGGGUGUUUACCAGCUUACGAGCGUGGGGCUCUCCCGCCGCACGCAACCGGGGCCCUCGUUCAAUAUCCGUCGACAGUGCCCUGCCUUGCCCAAACCUGGGAUGACCGUUGGAUUCAAGCACUACCAGGCCUUCCUUGCUACUCAGGUCCUGCCGCUGCGCCGUCUGUGCUGUCCUAGUCUUUCAUCGCUCGGCUGCAUGGAACACCCUCGCUCGGAACUGAUAGCACAGACAGGCUGGUGCUGCAACCAAGCUGCAAAACAACACCUGCUGAGUCUGCGACUUUAUUCAAAAGUGCUUCUCGACGUCCAGCGCUGCUGCUGCCCUCCCAAGACAGCUGUUGCCCCUGCCCCAGUCCAUCUUUGUCGCUCCCCUCCGUCCUCGUCGUCUUCGUUGCAUACUCCCACUCCGUCGUCAUCGCCCAGAGCACAUUCGUUUUCCACUGUACCGUCCGACCGGCCUGUUCCAAGACGGCCCAGCACACAUCCAACACAUCAUCACUACUUUCAGGGGUUUCUCACGGGCAGCAGCAGCGGGAUCCACCGACACUUGGUCAACAAGCGAAAGAUACUAGUCUUGGAUGUAACCGUGGCUACAAAAGAAGUAAUACCCCCAGAAUCUCUUGCCAUUGGCUACACUAGAGCUUGUUCGCAUGAUCCACGCCGCCUUCGUUCAUUCCCUUAG